AUGUCUAUCCUCAAGCUGGUCGAGGACCGGCCGACGCCUAAGGCGGUCUACAAUUGGAAAGUCUACCUCCUGGCAGCUGUUGCAUCAUGCACAUCCUGCAUGAUCGGUUACGACAGUGCCUUCAUUGGUACCACUCUCGCGCUUGACUCUUUCAAGACCGAGUUUGGUUUCAAUGAUAUGAGCUCAGGGACCAAGAAUCUGAUCAGCGCCAACAUCGUCUCCUGCUACCAAGCUGGUGCUUUCUUCGGUGCCUUCUUCGCGUACCCGAUCGGACACUUCUGGGGUCGCAGGAUGGGUUUGAUGGCUGCUGGUCUGGUUUUCAUUCUCGGUGCUGGUCUCAUGCUUGGUGCUAACGGCGAGCGGGGACUUGGUCUCCUCUACGCUGGCCGUGUCCUUGCUGGUCUAGGUGUCGGAGCAGGCUCUAAUAUCACCCCAAUCUACAUUUCCGAAUUGGCCCCUCCCGCCAUUCGUGGUAGACUUGUUGGUGUAUAUGAGCUAGGCUGGCAGAUUGGUGGCCUUGUUGGAUUCUGGAUCAACUUUGGUGUCGAUGAAACUAUGGCACCUAGCCACAAGCAAUGGCUCAUUCCAUUUGCUGUUCAGCUCAUCCCCGCCGGUCUCUUGCUCAUUGGUAGUGUCUUCAUUCGAGAGUCACCUCGCUGGCUCUUCGGACGCGGUCGCCGCGAAGAGGCCAUCAAGAACCUGUGCUGGGUUCGCCAGCUGCCCGAGGACGACCUCUACAUGAUCGAAGAGAUUGGUGCCAUUGACCAGGCUUUGGACGAGCAGCGCCGUAGCAUCGGUAUUGGGUUUUGGAAGCCCUUCCAAGCCGCCGGCACCAACAAGAAGGUCAUGUGGCGGUUGUUCCUCGGAAGCGCGCUGUUCUUCUGGCAAAACGGAUCUGGUAUCAAUGCCAUUAACUACUACAGCCCUACUGUCUUCAAAUCGAUUGGUGUCAAGGGUACCAACACUAGUCUGUUCACCACCGGAAUCUUUGGUGUGGUGAAGACCGUUGUCACUUUCGUCUGGCUGCUUUGGCUGAUCGAUCACGUCGGUCGCCGUAAUUUGUUGUUGAUAGGCGCCGCAGGUGGUUCCGUCUGCCUAUGGAUCGUCGGCGCAUACAUUAAGAUUGCUCAGCCGGAGAAGAACUCAAGCGACAGCUUGAGCGGUGGUGGCAUUGCCGCCAUGUUCUUCUUUUACCUGUGGACCGUGUUCUACACCCCGACCUGGAACGGUACCCCCUGGGUUCUUAACUCGGAAAUGUUUGACCCCAACAUGCGUUCUCUGGCUCAGGCCUGCGCUGCCGCCUCCAACUGGCUGUGGAAUUUCCUCAUCUCGCGCUUCACUCCGCAGAUGUUCACAACUAUGGGGUACGGCGUGUACUUCUUCUUCGCAUCUUUGAUGAUAUGUUCCAUCAUCUUCGUGUACUUCCUCGUCCCUGAAACCAAGGGUAUCCCACUCGAGAGCAUGGACCAGCUGUUCGACAUCAAGCCCGUGUGGCAUGCCCACAAACAGAUGGUUGCCCAGCUGCGCGAGGACGAAGAGCGCUUCCGCCACGAUGUCGAGUCUUCCGGUCUCGGUGCGUCGAAGCUUGGCGCGGAGCAUGCUGAGCAAGUCGAGGAUUCUGCGGCCGAGCCGAAGUAUGCUUAA